AUGAAUGACGGGCACAGCGCAGGCAUGGAUCAGCAAUGCCCUGUGUGCUGGAACCUACUUUGUGAGCCAGUGGUUUGGCCCGGAUGCCCACAUCUCUUUUGCUUGAUCUGCGCUCUACAGACACGACGCAAACCAAAGCCAAUGUGUCCGCUGUGUCGCGCUCCUGCAAGUCAAGUCAGACAAGCAGGCGAGCUACAGGUGAGUGCUGCCCAUGCGGUGUUGGUCCGCAAGGCUGUUGGCUACUCCGCCUAUGAGUCUCAGCGAAGGGAGACGUGGGCCCAGGCCGCAGAUCUCGAUGCUGCUGGAGGCUUGGGUGGUCCAUUACCUCUUGUUGCUGGAGGAACCGAGGCUUGGCAGCGCUUGAGGCUUGGCUCACAGCACGAGGUCAGGCUCGAGCCAAAGUUGCUGCGCCACUCGAAGCACCAAAGGGAGAGCUGCUUCGCUGUGCUAGUUCAGCCUGCCGACUUCGAAGUGGGUGCCAAAGGUCGCGUCUGCCGGAUCUUGGACACAAAUCACAGCAUUUCCGAUGGACAUGUUCUGGUAGAGGCCGGAGCCGCUUGUCGGAUCAUCGAGCUCACCGAAGACACUGAGGUGGAGAGUGGCGAGGAGCCUCUCGUCAUUGGCAAGCUUGAGGAGUUGGAUGAGGAUGAGCUGGUCCACGAAGUGGACCUCGGGCCGCUGGCAGCUGCUUCUGACAUCGUUCACAUCCUCGGAGUUCUCGGGCGCAACCUGCAGGCGGUGAGGCAGAGAUGGAUGAUGACAGCAAUGCUGCAGCUUCUGGACGAGGACCGGAGAAGCCUGGAGAAUUUGCAGGCAGAUCGGCAAGGGCUGGAGUCCAUGCUCGACGUCAUGAUGUCGUACAGGCAGAUCAUUCGCCAGAUGGACACUCUUCUUUCACAGGCAUCAGCAACUGCCGAUUUGCUCUUGCCAAGAGAAGAUGUAGAAAGCAGACAUGAGGAGGAAGUCUCGCCUCAGACCAUCAACCAAACGCCAUCCCCAAGUCGAAGCGAGGUGCCAGGAAGGCGACUUCCACCUGUCAGUGAAGAGGCCUUGGUUGCGCCUGCGGAGAGGGCAGCGCCCGAAACGGCUGCAGUGCGCGCGGAAGAGUCCCAAGCUCCGCAGCGUUCCGAGGCACCACGGGAUCUGCCUCCUGUCAUGUCUCAGGCUGAAGCACUACGCAGACGAGGCCACAUUCUGCCAGUAGCGGGUGCCAGUGUUUCUGGCGCAAAUGCACUCCCUGCACCUCGGGUGUCUCCUAUGAUUCGACGAAGCAGGAACAUGCCCGUCACCUUGCAGCGGAUCGGCAUUUACCCUCGUAAUGUUCAGGGAACCCAGGCCAUGACUGAGACUUCCAGCAGCACUCGCAAGUCGAAGUUGCAGAAGGCUACUGCGGAGGCUGGUGAGGUCCCAGUCGGCAAAGGAGGGAGGCAGCGCAAAGUCCUGCGUGAAAGCAUCCAGGGCAUCACGAAGCCAGCUAUCCGACGCCUGGCCCGGCGUGGUGGCGUCAAGCGCAUCAGCGGCCUCAUAUAUGAGGAGACUCGUGGCGUCUUGAAGACAUUCCUGGAGAAUGUUCUGCGCGAUUCGAUCACAUACACGGAACAUGCCCGGCGCAAGACCGUGACCGCCAUGGACAUCGUGUAUGCGCUGAAGCGUCAGGGCCGGACGAUUUAUGGCUUCGGCGGCUAG